CAAACACACUCUCUUUUCUCUCCAAUCUGAGCAAGAUUGACAGCGCUCUGAAUAAAUGAGGAUGGGGAGGAGGGGCUAUUAAGGGUGGCCAGUCAUAUUUUAUAUACCUGGCCAGAUAAAUAAUUAUCUUCAAGUGAUUAUCACUGAAGUGAAAGAAGAGAGCCAACAGAGACACAACUAGAGGCCAACACACGGUCAGUUACCAUUGUGAGAGACAGAGAAAGAGAGGUCGAGGUAGUACACUUCUUGUUGAGACUUUUCACUCAUAACUCACAGGACCCAGCAUCCUAGCUGAGUCCAGACUGGAGCCAUGUCUCCAGAGAAGGAAAGCAAUGGUCUCGAAAACGACACAUUUGCUAUUCAUGGGAAUUUCUGUGAGCUGGAGAAUGAUGGAGAGGGCUCCGACCUCUCUGAGGAGGAUGACAAGAACAAGCUGUCCUACUGUGUCACAGACGUCCCAGCCUGGUACCUAUGCAUAAUCCUGGGCAUCCAGCAUUUACUGACAGCGUUUGGGGGGAUAAUCGCCAUCCCUCUGAUCCUGUCUCAGGGUCUGUGUCUGCAGCACGAUGGCCUGACCCAGGGUCACCUCAUCAGCACCAUCUUCUUUGUGUCAGGCAUGUGCACCCUGCUGCAGGUCACCUUCGGAAUCAGACUGCCCAUUGUUCAGGGGGGUACCUUUGCCUUUCUAGCCCCCUCCAUGGCUAUGCUGUCAAUGCCAGAGUGGACAUGCCCUGCCUGGACCCAGAACGCUUCCUUGGUCAACACCACCUCUCCUGAGUACAUAGAUGUGUGGCAGAGCCGCAUGCGAGAGCUGCAGGGCUCCAUCAUGGUGGGCUCUUUGUUCCAGGUGCUGGUGGGUUUCUCUGGCCUCAUCGGUUUCUUCAUGCGUUUUAUUGGCCCCCUCACCAUCGCACCCACCAUCUCUCUGAUUGGCCUGUCCCUGUAUGACUCGGCUGGAAUGAGCGCAGGGAACCACUGGGGCAUCUCCACUAUGACGACUGCUCUGAUCAUCCUGUUCUCCCAGUACCUCCGACACAUCCCUGUACCAUUCCCCACAUACAACAAGACCAAAAAACUCCACACCUCCAGGAUCUACAUCUUCCAGCUUCUACCUGUGCUCCUUGGCAUCACACUGUCAUGGCUGAUCUGUUACAUCUUCACCAUCACUAAUGUCCUGCCCUCAGAGCCGGAGCAGUACGGCUACCUGGCUCGCACAGACCUGAAGGGGGAUGUCAUAGGCCAGACCCCCUGGUUCAGAUUCCCAUAUCCAGGUCAGUGGGGUUUGCCAACUGUGAGCCUGGCGGGAGUGGUCGGGAUCUUGGCUGGGGUGUUAUCCUCCAUGAUAGAGUCGGUGGGGGACUACCAUGCCUGUGCCAGGCUAUCAGGGGCCCCUCCACCCCCUAAGCAUGCAAUCAACAGAGGCAUUGGCAUUGAGGGGAUUGGCUGUCUGCUGGCUGGGGCCUGGGGCACGGGCAACGGAACCACCUCCUAUAGUGAGAAUGUGGGUGCACUGGGCAUCACCAAGGUGGGCAGUCGCAUGGUGAUUGUUGCUGGUGGGGUAUUGAUGAUCAUCAUGGGACUUUUCUGUAAAAUUGGAGCCAUUUUCACCACCAUCCCCACACCUGUGAUUGGAGGAAUGUUCUUGGUCAUGUUUGGGGUCAUUUCUGCAGCUGGAGUUUCAAAUCUGCAGUAUGCAGACAUGAACUCCUCCCGGAACGUGUUUAUCUUUGGAUUUUCCAUGUUUUCCGGGCUUGUCAUUCCAAACUGGAUAUUCAAGAACCCGGAUGCCAUAGCAACAGGUGUGGUCGAGCUGGACCAACUGCUGCAGGUGCUUCUAACAACCAGCAUGUUUAUUGGAGGCUUCUUUGGGGUCUUCCUUGACAACACCAUUCCAGGCACCCUGCGGGAGCGGGGCAUCAUUGACUGGAACAAGAUCCCCCUUGAUGACUCCAGCAACACUUUGGAGAGCAGUGAGGUGUACAACCUUCCAUUUGGAAUUAGCUCUUGUCUCUCCUCCUUCUCCUGGGUUCGAUAUGUGCCGUUCCUCCCUCCAAAUCCACCAAGCUCACAGGACGAGGCCAAGGUGGACUCUUUGGCGACCAAGCAGCAGCCUGUGAAGCCAGAGCUUAUCAGAUCAGUGGCCCUAUGAACACUGUGCAGGACCAGACACGGGCUAAAACAACAACAAUACGAGAGGCAGCUCUCGUGACAUGGUCCUCCCGUUCUGUUCUAUUUUGUCUAAUAUUUUAUACUCAUAUCUUGUAAAGAUUUGAUUAUGCAUUUUCUAAAUGAACUUUUGGCAGGAUCAUUUUGGCAUUUGUGUGUGUAAAUACAUUUUUGUUGUGAUGCAUCUUUUUUUUACAGUAAAGUAUAUAUAUACAUUAAAUAUAUAUAUAUAUAUAUAUUUUAAUGGAACUUGUAUUUUACUGAUAACACACUAUAGGAACCAUAUAAUAAUUUGACAAAAAUCCCUUUUUAAAGAUAAAAAAAUAUAUACAGAUUUUUUCAGAACUACAUUUCAAGUGUGUUCAGAGUAGCACUAGUAAUAAACCUUUCCAAGAGUUUUAAAUAAUAACAAAAAUCGAAAAACUGAAAUAUGAUUAAAAUGUAUCUCAAACUGUAAUUUUGAUUCUGUGAUACGAUAGUACAAGGGUAGCCAAUGAAAUCAUUCUUGACACUACCUAUAAUGAUUAAUAGAAAAGUUUUGAGAAAUGGAGACCAAUGGAGCCCUGGAAAUGAAGACAACAAUAAGUAUCAGUAUAGUAUCAAUCCCACAACAUAGAGCUAUCAUUUAUCUGUGAGUUUUUUCCUCAGCUGUCACUGUCAGGUCCUGCUUGAUGGCUCUGUACAAGCUGAGAAAGAACUCUGCCAGUGGUCAACACAGUGCACUCAAAGUCCUCCAGGCGCAGGUGGCCCAUGUGAUUGGAAAGAUCAGAGGUCCGGAGACAGAUAUCUAAGGAAAAAUGUCUCACCUCAAAGAGUAAAUUUACAUCCUCUAUAGCGUUCUGAAAGGUGGGGUUCACCAUUGAUGCCAUCUCUCUCUUCACUCUAACAGCUGAUGGGUAAAGGGCUGAAUGAGGGACAGAGAGAAAGAAUGUUAACUAUUUUCUCUCUAAGUCUUGCCAAAGGUUUCAUCAUGUGAUGUGCUGCAGACCAUGUGGCUUGAACCAUAUUUAUUGCAUAUUAAGAUUUGUCUAGAAAAGGCUAAUAACAUACAGCGUAUGUCAUACUCUAUACAUGGUUUAUAAACAUAGUGUGUUAUUCUCACAGGGGAAAUACAAAGAAAUGGGUUGCUUUGUGUCACACUCCAAUUCAAAGAGUUGCCAAAUUGAAUGUGGUUUCACCUCUUAGCCCUAUUAGUAAUACCUCAGUCUAUGUGAGGAUGUGAAAUUCUUUCUAUAUGAGUGAAUCUCGUGAAAUGUUAUUCAUGUAAAGGGGGAGAAGGUGGUUGUCUUUUUGCUGUUUGAAUAAAAGUCAGCCAUUUCCAAA